GUGGACGGUAGGCCUAACCGUAGAAAUAAAGCUGCGGUUUCUAAUUUCUCCGGCCUAGUGUGGAUGCUGCCUAAGUUAUCAGCUGGGAGUACUUCAGCCCCAUACUGUUAGAAACCGUGACGUCGUGACAUUCUGCGUGACAUUUGUGUGAUUCAGAUCAGUUUUCCAAAAAGUCGUUUCUUUCAGUUUAAUUUACUUUUUGACUAAAAGGAUCACAGUAAAGACAAUGAUUUGUGAUAAGAAGAAACCACCAGAAUAAGAACUUUUUUUUUAAGCUGUCUCAAUUGAUGAAGGAACCAACAGGUGUUUUCACGUCAUGAUCGUUCCGUCGUGAACUCGCAAUAGCCACGUCUUGGUUAAGAGCUAGAAUUUUAAAAUACAGAACAUUUCGGUUUUCUCAUAUAAAAAUGAGAAUAUCUCAGUGUUGCUUCAAGAAUUUAGAGGGAUAUUGAGGAAUGUCGAAAGCUAAGUGUUACUUGUUUUGCUUAACAUGUGUUUGACACUUAUCACCGCAAACCUUUGCGGUUUAUGAGGUCUUGCUGUUCGCUUGUAACACGCCACGACCAAAGUAUUUUUAAAUAACACUAAUCGACAGCAAUCGACCAUCAGCCGUUGUCUGAGAACAUUUAUUUUUAUACAACGAAUAACACUUCUUCCAUCCAGUGAGUGAUUAUUUACUACUGCAAAACAUUCCUUCCCUGAAGCAUUAUGCUACAACCCUUUGUUACUUGGAGGACGUCACAAGUUUCUGAAAUGCAAUUAGAACGAAAAUUUGAAUUCGUUUUUUCAACAUUUCUUAAGCAAUGCGUAUCACUUGAAGCCAGCUGCGAUGAUUGAAAAUGUCAAAUACUCAAAUGCGUCCAACUUUCUUGAACGCACAUGUGAAAGCACUUCAACAGGUGCAAAGAGUUACGAUGCCAAACAAACAAUCAAUUCGCGCUUGAUUGAGCAAUUCAAAGCAAUAUUUUCUUUCAUUUUCAAAGGCGCCGAAUGUCCUUUGUAAACCUCAACAUAAAGGAAACUUGUUUUAAUGAGGACAACAUUCGCAAGUUUGCGUAAGACCUCUGAUUAAUUAAGCUAAUUGCGAGCUGACCUCGAUUAUUUAUUCUAUGCCUAAUGAUCACGACACUCUCCAUCAAGGUUGGCGUGAGAUAUUUGCAGUGAUCUUAGCGUGACAAACGAAAACAAAAAAGUAAACAGAACCGAUGUUUAACUUCUGAAAACUCCCGCGAACAUUGCACAAAUUGGUUGUUUAAAUUCCUGCGACAGUUCAAAACACACUUGUCUUAGUACAAUAGGCAAACGCUGUUUCCACCUGCUAGCCAAUCAAACGCCGGUGCUCAAAAUAAACUAGAUUAUCUAAAUUUGCAUAUUGGAGUGUAAGUUCGUUUACUGCAGUGAAAAUCGGCUGGUAUCCAUGUACAGACCCGAAAGGAAGACAAAAUAUUUUCGGUUUUUAAACUCGCUGGCUAAACUUAGCAACAUUGCGAAGAAAUUGCCUAUUUAAACAGACGACAUCGAGCAAAAGACUCUUCAAAAAUUGCCGUGGAGACCUCUCACAAUACUAUACUCUAGAUACAGCAACAACAUCUUUAUUACGAUAAUGGGAAAUACGGUGAUAGUUUCCGUACGUCGAUUUCGCCCACGAAUAAAGUUUCGUAGGCCUUUUCAUGUGGUUAUGCUAGGACUGGACAAGAGUGGAAAAACAGCCAUUUUAUACCGAAGUAAGUGGAAAGAUUGGAAAGAAAGAAUUGUGCCGACUCCUGUGUUUAACGUCGAAACUGUUCGACCGUCGAAAGACUUAAGAUUUAAAAUUUGGGAUGUGAGCGGCAAGGAACAUAUCCGGCCGCUUUGGAAGGCGUACGUUCGGCAGGCAGAUGCCAUUAUUUUCGUCGUUGAUAGUGCAAACGAGGAGAGAAUAGACGAAGCGAAGGAAGAACUGUUCAAUCUUGUUAGCUCCGCUCAAAUAAACGGCGCACCGAUAUUAAUAUUCGCUAACAAGCAAGAUCUACCCAACGCAUCGGCACCGGUGGAGGUUACGACCAAAUUAUCACUUCAUAAUCUGAGUUCGAGACACUUGUGGUAUCUACAGCCUACCUCGGCCGUUUUAGGCGAUGGGAUUGUAGAAGGGCUACGCGUUCUGUCCGACAUGAUAGCGCAAUGGAAGGCUGACAUUAAAAACUUGAAGAGCGGCCGGCGAAAGAGGAAAUUAGCCGCAUCAAGAAGUAACUCCGUGAACAACAUUUUAUGAUGAUAGCGGUGUAAACUUAGAAAAAGAACAUCAAAAAUUGGUGUAUUUAAGCCUAACAAUUUUAUUUGUGGCAAUCUCAAGUUAUAGACUAGUUAUCUUUGCACGAUUUGCAACCAUCGAUGAUUCUUUUAAUUAUACCCGCUUCGGCUUGGAAAGUUUACACGAUCGAUAAGGCCGGUGCGAUUAGAUUCCGAAAUUGUCGUAGAAAGUGCAAUUUGUUGUCAUUCAGUUUCUCACGAUUUGUUCAUUUUCAAUGGCUGAGGAAACAGUUUUUCGACUGGCCCUAACAGUUUUGCUUUUUACAGAAUAGCAAUUCUUGAUUCUACGGUUUUAGCGAUGUUUACAGUUGUAAUUAUGUUUAUUCAUUUUGUCUCACGACAUCGCGUAAUUUUGAAUUACCAAAUGAUGUGCUUUACAACUAUGUUGCCUCAAUUUUCAAGUUAAGAUUUCAUUGUAUGCCAUUUUUACUCACAACGAAGCUUUUUUUUUUCUUUUUAGUAAGCGCAGCCGGUUUAAUGUUUUUGUUUUUCUUCACGGAACAUUGAACAUGUUGGAUGCAGUGAAGGCCAAGACGUUUCACUUUGGAUAAUAUAUAUGAAAUUUGUAUUCCAAACACGUUUUAGGAACAAGUAGUUUUCGCCUUUAUUAUUUCCUGGGCUUUCCUGAGCCGGAUGAAGAAGAAAUGUACAUAUAACUUUGUAUUCUACCAAAGUGUAUUUAUUUCAGUUGUUAAAAACUAUAAACUAUUUAUGAUAUAAAUGUGAAACCCUUUUUCUAUUCAAUUUGUAGUAAACCAUUGUGUUUCUCGGAAAAAAAAUAAAUGUCGCAGUUUCUGUGCGUGUGAUUAAUUUGAGACGUCGUGUGAGACAGGAUAUUUACUUCAAUUAAUUUUCUUGGUAACACUGGAGCAUGGUCGUCAUAUUGUUGCGUAAUCGAACAUCUCGACAUUUCUCGAGCGGGGUCCUCAUAGAUGUCGAUGGUAUGGGGAAAACUGGAUGGUAUAAACCCCCGGGGGGUGGGUACUCACUUACAUGGGCUAUAUAGGUGUGAGGGUAUGGUUUUUCAGUCAUAAACAUGGAAUCGAUUUUGGCC